AUGUCGAGCCUCGGGCCAUCCGGGUCCAACGCCCACGCCGGCUUGAACUUCUCCCAGGCCGGCCUCCGCCGCAAUGCCGGCUUCGCACCCUCGCACCCGAACCAGCACCAAGCAAACAAGCAGUCGCCCGCCCCCCAUGCCGCGUCGCCCUACCAACCCCAGGCCUACGCGCCCCAGCAGCAGCCGCCUCAGGGCGCCUACACGCAGCAUCUCUUCGCCGCUCAGGCGCCCGUCAAUGCCAACGGUCACCCGUCGUCGCGAACCCCAAACAAUCACGUCUCCAAUGCCAUCAACGUCCAGCGACAGCGCGCCGCGCCCCCGAGGCAGCAGAUGCAGCCCCAGCCGAAUCCGCCCCCCAUGAUGUUCCCCAGCGGCAUCAACCAGUCUGUUCAACACGACACCAUCCUCUCGCACCCGCAGCAUCCGCAGCACCCGCAGCACCCGCAGCACCCGCAUCCCUCCCACCAGCCUCAUCCCGGGCAUCCCAACCAGCAGCAGCAGCAACAGCAACAGCAACAGCAGCAGCAGCAGCAGCAGCAGCAGCAGCAGCAGCAGCAACCGCACCAGCAGCAACAUCAACACCACGCCCAGCAACAGGCACACCAGCAGCAGCAACAGGCACACCAGGCCCAUCAGACGCACCAGGCCCAUCAAGCUCACCCGGGGCACCCCGCACACCAGGCCCAUCAGGGACACCAAGCUCACCAGGGCCAUCAGGGCCACCAGGGACGUCAGUCGCACCAGGGCCAUCCUCAUACUCAACAUCGUAAAACGCCGCAGCCGCUGCCGCAGCAGCAGCAACAGCAACAGCCGCUGCCGCAGCAACAACCACAGCAACCCCAACAUCCUCAGCAUCCCCAGCACCCCCAGCAGCACCCCCAGCAUCAACAACAGCCGCCUCAAGCGCCGCAGCCACAGCAGCACACCCCGCAGCCGCAGCCGCAACAGAUGCCCCAAACCCAACCACAGCCACAACAACCGCCUCAGGUGUCGCAGGUCCCCCAGGUGCCGCAAGUACAACAGGUUCAGCAGGGUCAGCAGGCCCAGGCCUCGCCGCAACAGCAGGCCGAGCAGCUCGCGCAGCAGCAAGACGACCCGGCUGCCGACGACAUGGACAUGGACAGCCACAACGAAGCCGAGCACGACGCCAGCGGGCUGGACGCCAAGCUUCUCAACGACCCGUCGUACGUGCCAUCGCAGCCCAUGGGUGACAUGAUGUCGCCGCCCCCCGAGGGCGGGAGCUAUCCGACCUUGGAGGCUGUUCAGAAGGCCGUCUUGCGGUACUGCACCUCGGUCGGUUACGCUAUUGUCAUCGGCCGGUCGAAGAAGACGGUACCCGGCCUGAAAAAGGUGCUUUUCGUCUGCGAUCGGGCCGGAAAACCGCCGAGCCGCGUCAGCCCCGAGUUCCGCAAGCGCAAGACGUCGUCCCGAAAAUGCGACUGUCCCUUUGGCUUCUUCGCCAUCGAGCAACGGACGCAAUGGACAAUUCGCUACCGUCCCGACCCGGCACACCUGCAGCACAACCACGGCCCGAGCGAGAGCCCGUCGCACCACCCGGCCGCCCGCAAGCUGGACAGCAAGAUGGUGGCUGCUGUGAAACAGCUCAAGGAGAAUGGUAUAACGCCCAAAGAUGUUGUCAGCAGUUUGAUCCCGGCUGACAAUGUUGUAGGUGCUGGCGUGUCCGAGACGCUGCAGAUUCUUCAAAACGAGAACCCAGACUGCCACUUGCUCCCGAGAGACAUUUACAACGCACGAGCGGCCAUUAAUCGAAAUCCGCAAAAGGUGGCCACGGGUUUGGCAGAGGAUCGGCCGGCCAUCUAUACGAAGCCUCAGCAGACGUCGGAGGAUCGCAUUCGAGCUGACCUGAGGAGAGAACUGGCCAAGGCGCGCGAGGACCUGAAGAAGAUUGAGGACGAAAAGCAAAAGGAAAUUGACGAGCUCAAGGCCAAGCUCGAGGAGAAGGAGACACUCAUCCAAAAGUUUGAAAUGUUCAUCGACAUUUGCAACCAGCGGGUUAUGGUCCAGCGGGAGAGGCUAGCGGGUCCCGACGGCAGCGCGGCGCCGGGAGGAAAUCCUGCGGGAUGA